CGUAAGGUCGCACUUUGAUUUCGGGAAGAUGGACUGCCAUAUUUUUGUAGGUUGAGGAGUCAUUCCAUUUCAGUUCUGAAGUUUUCUCGGGCAGAACGCGGCAGAAAUUGAUUUUAAAGUUAAUUGAACGUGAAUGUGCUAAAAAUAAAAGUAGAUGAGCUUAAAACAGCACAAAAUAAAUUUUGAUCACCCCCAAUCUACUUUACCUAAGAGAAAGAACAAAAUUUCACAUAAUGUCAGUGCAUUAUAAAUUCAAAAGUGCAUUGAAUUCAGAUACAGUCACAUUCGACGGACUACAUAUAUCCGUCGGUGAUCUGAAAAAAGCAAUAAUUCAUCAAAAACGGUUGGGUAAAACCGUUGACUUUGAUUUGCAAAUAACCAAUGCACAGACAAAAGAAGAAUACUCGGAUAAUAAUACAUUAAUUCCAAAAAACACAUCACUUAUCGUUGCGCGAAUACCGUUGGCUGUUCAGCCGAAGAAACAAUGGGACAUUCAAGCUGAGAAGCAACAGCAACAGUCGCAUAGGCAUAUUAAUGCACCGGAGCCCGAUAGCGGGGCUCUAGACUUGUCCCUUAUGAAUGGGACCGAAGAAGAUAAGAUACAAGCUAUGAUGAUACAAAGCACGAUGGAUUACGAUCCUAAUAAGAUUUCUUAUAAAAAAUAUAAAAGAUUCAAGCACAGCUACCAAGUGAUACGUGGACAAAGUCAGGUCGGUGAAGUGCCGGCCAACUAUCGUUGUUUUAAGUGCCGCAAACCCGGCCAUUGGAUUAAAAAUUGUCCACUAUCCUCGAACGGCGAUGCGAAUGAUUUUAAACGAAACACUGGAAUUCCACGUUCGUUUAUUGAACGCGAUGCACAAGACAAGAAUUCAGCGGCAAAUGCUGAACCAACACCCCCUCCAGUUGUGGAAAAGAAACAAGAGAUCCCGGAAGAUCUCAUUUGUGGCAUAUGUAAGGAUCUGUUUACAGAUGCGGUUAUGAUACCCUGUUGUGGUAGCUCGUUUUGCGAUGAAUGUGUACGGACGGCGUUGUUAGAAUCAGAAGAUAAUGAAUGUCCUGAUUGUAAAGAGAAAGGCAGCUCACCAGGAUCACUAAUACCCAACAGGUUCUUACGGAAUUCUGUAAAUGCUUUCAAAAAUGAAACUGGUUACUCAAAACCUCGGCAACAGAAACCCCCUCCUAAGCCGAAGGAGCCGCAAGAAGUUGCUGCUGCGACUGAAGAAAGUGGAGAUAAGAAGGAAGAACCAGAUACUACCAGCGAGCAGAAAUCUGAACCUAAACCAUCAGAAAAGGAAAACGACGAUAAGUCAUCUCCUUUACAUUCAUCAUCUGCGGCCAGAGAAUCUCCGGUAAAGGAAAAGAAAGAGGUUGAAGGACAUGAUAAGAAAAUAGACCCAGGUCAUCAUUCAUCGCAUGACGAAAUUGAAUCUGAUUUCGAAGAUAACAUUACUGUCACAGUACCGCCUGCUCAUUUGAUUAGUCACCAGAGAUCAGAAUAUCGGGAGCGACCUUAUAAUGGGCGACAUUCCCGACAUCUUAGACCUCCUGGUAUGGACGGUUCACCAAAGCACAAUUCCCAGUCGACACCAUCUCAUGGAGAAAGAUCCGGUACACCAACAGUCGACGAAAAGGAAUCAGGACAUCACGAACAUCAUGAUCAUCAUAAACAUCAUCAACAAAUCCCGUCGCAUCAAGCAGGUCCCCAUCGUGGCGAUCCAAUUCGUCCGCAUCGAUCAACACCGUCUGAUAUGUAUGGUCCAGGUGCCCCGAUUACUUCUUACCCACCGGCACAGGGGCCGAUGAUGGGUCCUGGCAGACCAUAUGAAAUGGGUGGCUACGGACCUCCACCGGGUCCAGGAUAUCCCCCUUACAUGAUGGACAACAGAAUGCGAGGUCCUUUUCAUCCUAUCCGGCCGGGAUAUCCCCAACCGCAUCAGAUGCGUCCUCGAAUGAUGGCACCUCCUGGUUCUUUGGCUUCAGUAUACCACGGUGUUGCUGCGAAAGUGGGCCCUGGUAUCAUUGAUGAUCCACUGGAAGCGUUCAAUCGUAUCAUGCGAGAAAAGGAAAAACGGAAGGAGGAGAGACGUCGUUUACCGACGGAUAGCCGUCGCAGGUCACGCUCAAUUGAAUUGGGUCCAAGUCGUGGUGGUCGGGGCCAUUCUCCACCUUCACAUCAUGGUCGGUUGCAGCGUGUAAGAAGUCCUGACGAUCGACGAAUGCGAUCACCACAAAUGCGUGAUAGAAGAGGACGUUCCCGUGACAAACGAUCACCGGAAAAGGAGAAGCGACGUCAUCGGUCGAGUUCGUUUAGCGACAGAAGCCGAAGUAGGACAAGAUCUCGAUCAUGGUCAAAUCCCCGUAAACGAAGUAAAUCGCCUGUGCUACGUAGACGAUCAAGAUCUCGUUCGCCGUCUUUUACAAUGAGCAGGUCGCGUUCUCGAUCAUUGACUCCGCAUAGACGAUUAAAUUUAGCGGUUCGCCGUUAUAAUCGCUCCCCAGAGCCACAUGGUAGACGAGCACUAUCUCCUAGAUAUCGUCAGAAGGAAAACCGUCGACCAGAGCGUCGGGAUGAUUUUCCACCACGUGAAGAAUUUCGUGAUAGAUCGCCGGGCAAUUAUCCGCCAAGACGUGGUCGAAGUCCACGCAGAGGUCAAUCGCCUCCACCUCAACACAAUCAAUUCUAUGGUAGACAAGAGCGAGCAGGUCAUGGUGGACCACCCCCUGAUCAGUACUUCAACAUGCCGUCUGGGCCACCCGGUCCUUACAACGAGAAUGCACCAUAUGCGCAAAGUAACAGCGGCAACAACAGGUAUCCCGAACGCAUUCCACCACACCGGGAACAAUAUAAUCGUGAUCGUAAUCAUGAUUAUAAAAUGGAGAGGUUUGAGGACGGCCCGCCCGGAAACGAUGAGCCACCCCCACCUGGAUUUGAAGCGUCACCGCCUUCUCCACGUGAGCGACAUAAUUCAUGGAACAAUAAUAAUCCAUUUGACGAUCGUGAACGCGGAGGUAAUUAUAGACAUGAAUUAAGAAAAGAAUCGAAUAUUCGCAAUCGGGGACAUACUCCAAAUGAAGCUCGUGAUAAACAUUCAACCGAACGUGAUCGUGAGGAACGACGCCAUCACGAAGGUCGAGAUCGUGAGACUAGAUCCUGGUCAAGAGCUAGUCGGCAAAGUGCCCAGAAUCAUGGCAGACGUCGUAGUCGAUCGAAAAGUCCGAAUCGAUUGGAAAGAAUUCCUGAAGAUUAUCCCACGCGGGAUCGCGAUCGUGGAAGCAAAGAACGUGGUCACAGCAAUCGUGAUCAUCAAGUUCAUGAUCGAGAACGCGAUAAAAUCGAGCAUGAGAAAAAGCGUGAACGUGAAGAACGGGAAAGAAAACAUAAUGAAAGGGAGAAAAGGGAACAAGAAAGGAAGCAACAUGAAAGGGAAUUAAAACGAGCAUCGCGGGAAGAAAAGGAACGUGAGAAGGAAAAGGAGCGUGAACGUGAGAAAGAGCGAGAGAAGAGCCGGGAAAAGAAGCGAGAUUCGUCAGACGAUGAAAAGAAGGAUAAGAAGACAAAGGAAAAGCGUAAGAAGAAGAAAGACAAGGAUGCGGAUCGUAAAAAGAACAAGAAGGAAAAAAAGGAACGGAAGGAGCGGGAGAAGGAACGCGACAAGGAGAAAGACAAAGAACGCGAUACUAUCAAAAAGGAGGUGCAACGAGAAAGUAAAGUGGAGGAAAGUUUUGAAUCGAUUGAACCAGAACCACAGCCACAACCUCAACUUCAAUUGCAAGAUGAGCACCGCGACGCUUUGCCAGAUGAACAGUUGUUCAACCCUCCACCGCCUACUGACGAUGCUCCAAGUGGAAAGGAAGAAACCGAUUCGACUAUGGAAGAGGGGGAAAUUCAGGAUACUGAAGAACCAGAGACGGAUGCACACUCUACAAAAUCGAAACAACAAUUACAGCAUGAAAAUGAAAUCCUUGAUUUAUACGGGGAUAUUUGUCAAGAUGAAGAAAUUAAAUAUGAUUACCAGAAUUCUAUGGCCGAUGCAGGUGAGAACAACGAUCAGAAAGCGCAGCCGCUAAAUCAAGAGAACAAGAAGUCUAGUCCUCCCGAUUUUAAACGUUUCGAUUCAGUUCUUGAUAUUCAUGCAAAUUUGGAUUUUGAGCCUGACCUUGACGAAAUGGAAGUGACUGAACAAAAGAAGGAGAGUAACCCUUAUGCCUCGAUUAUGCCAGAACUCUCAAAAUGGGAGCGAGAUGAUGAUCCUUCACAGAGCAAAGAUGAAUCCAAUCCAUUGAACGCCUUAGAUGCAUCCGAUGAAAAGGCUGGUAAAGUGACAACAGAAGUUCUGAAACGAGCAGAAAAUGCUAUCUUCGCCAGGGCGAUUAAUGCCAUUCGUCCCAUAGAAAUUAAGAAAAUCAGCGUAGAGCGACAAAAACUGUAUUCAAAUGAUCCAUCAAAGGACGCAUCUCCAGUUCCGUCUGUGAUUAGUCAAGUUAAAAGUCCGAAUCGGGAAUUGGCCACUGUUCAAAUUACAGUGCCUGCCAAUAAUAAUUCGGAACGUUCCGUUGAAAUUAAACCUGAAAAACAAAAGUCUAUUAAGGAUCGCCUGGGAAGCAAAAUUACUGAACCGUCAUCACGGAAACAUCGUUCUAAAUCUCAAUCACCUGUCCGGAAGUCGACUGUGGAAAAGGUCCGACCGGGGCGAAGCAGAUCUCGAGAGCGCGAAGCAGGAUAUCGUCGCGAUGAUCGGGAGGUUCGUCGUACCAGCGAAGUCAAACGUGUUCAUGAAACGGCGGGUAAUCGUGGUCGGGAGAGGAUCCAAUCUGACUUCAAUAGCAGAGGUCGGGAUCAACGGAAAGAAGUAGAUCGGCGGCGAGAUUUUGGCCAGGAUCGCAGCGGUGGUAGCCGGGGCGAGCGAACUGAUCGCGAUCGUGAUCGAGCAUGGGAACAAGAUCGAUUACGCGAUAAAAACCGAAGCAGAGGGGAUAUUGCCAGAGAUAGAGAUCGUGGUGAAGCUGAUUGGAAUCGUGGCGGUGACAAGUCGCGUGAACGGCCAAACACAAGAGAAGAUCGACGUGUAGGUCAGCCGAGUGAAGAUCCACGAGGAAAGGAUCGAACAAAAAGUAAAGAUCGCGAACGCCAGAAGGAGCCGAAGCGAGACGAUUCUAGAUCGCGAAGCUCAGACAGAAACAAUCGUGACAGAGCUACUAGAGGCGAUCGUGAACACAAACGUAAGCAUGCUGAUGAGCACGCUAGAACUCCUCCGGAGAAACGAUCAAAACGAGAUCGCUCAAAGGAUACUGAGAAAUCUGAUUCGAAAGUUGGUAAUGAGAAAACUCUUCAACGUAAAAAAUCAACUAUAGAUGAAGCCAAUUUUGUACCAGACUACGAUGAGCAAAUCGAUAAUGCUGGAACAAAUGGAAAACCAACGGAACCCAAUAUAGUGUCUCGACACUCUAAGGAUAAAGUAAAAACACCGGAAGCUCGAGCUAGUAGUGCCCCAAAACGAUCACACAGCCCAACUGAAAGCAGCUCAUCAUCAUCAAGUAGCUCAUCCGAGUCGGAGUCAGAUUCAGAUGAUAACGGCAAGAAGAAAAAGCGAAGCAAACAUAAGAAGAACCGAAAGAAAUCACGUAGAUCGUCAUCUGUUGAAUCAGGUGAAAGUAGUAAGCAUAAAAGAAGUAAAAGUAAAAAGAAGAACAAGAGCUCAAAGAAAAAGAAGAAAAGUAAGAAAUGACGCAAGUCGUAGAGUCUGAUGUGAUUUUUUUUUAGUUAUUUUUUCUCCUUAAAUUUGGAAAUAUAUAGGAUGGCCUAAAAGCCUUGCUUAUAUGUGUGGCUAUUUAUCAAAUAUCCACAUUUAUGAUAGAAGUUUCACGCAAGUUUUUAACCGUAUUUGAUGGUUCGGAUGAUGGAGGAAGAAUCUUCUGAAGUUUUAUUUAAAAGGUAUUGGAACCUCUUUCUUGGUUCACUGUCUAUUACUUGAAAGCCAAGGUUUCACUUGCUUCGGCUUUUGGCCUAUCCUAUUUCCUUAUUUCUCUGAUCUUAUAAAGAUUCGUUUUUCACACCGAGAAUGAUAGGUAAGAAUUGUAAUUUGUUUUUUUCUCUAAUUUAAUUCAUUUGUACUUGAAUUUAAAUUUCAUUGCUUCAUUUUUCUAUCAUUACGUUCCAAA